GCAUGCACAUACCAAGAGUUUGCAUCCACUUCUCGUGUUGACGAAAUCAGUUUCUCGUUUCUUCUGUCGGCUGCUGUGCCUGUGUUUCGGAGCCGGGUACAUGUUCAGAGUGUUUGCCCAUGAGGAGCCGAUAGCCGUUCUGAUGCAGUAGCUGCAGCCAUGAAUCUUGCCACACAAGGAGCACAAUCUGGCGGGAGCAAUGGCCUCUUGUUCUGCAAUUUCAAUCAGGAUCAAGGGUGCUUUGCCUGCGGAAUGGAGAAUGGCUUCCGUGUCUACAAUUGCGAUCCGCUCAAGGAGAAGGAGAGACAAGAUUUUGGAGACGGCGGCAUAGGGCAGAUUGAGAUGUUGUUUCGGUGUAAUUACUUAGCACUGGUCGGCGGUGGAAAGAAUCCUAAAUUCCCAUCCAAUAAAGUGAUGGUCUGGGAUGACCUCAAGAAAAAGGUUGUAAUCGAGCUGGGCUUUGAUGACGAGGUUAAGGGCGUUCGCUUACGACGAGACAGGAUUGUGGCCGUCAUGCUGGACAAGAUCAAAGUGUUCUCGUUCACGCACACACCGCAGAUGCUGCACAUCUUCGACACGACGCUAAAUCCACGCGGUUUGUGCGUAAUCUGUCCUAACAGUAACAACUCAUUGCUAGCAUUUCCCGGUGAAAAGACAGGCCAUGUACAAGUGGUUGACCUGGCAAACACGGAGCGUUCACCCGUCGACAUCGCCGCGCAUGACAACGCUCUGUUCUGCAUCAGCCUCAACCUUCCUGGAACUCGCCUGGCCACAGCGUCAGAAAAGGGCACGCUAAUUCGUGUGUUUGACACCAACAACGGCAUACAGCUGCAUGAACUGCGACGUGGGGCCAACGCAGCACAAAUCUACUGCAUAAACUUCAACACGGACUCCUCACUCCUCUGCGUAUCUAGUGACCACGGCACAGUACAUAUUUUCUCCAUUGAGGAGCAAGCUGCGAGGAACAAGGAAUCAACACUGGCGUCGGCGAAGAGUGUUCUUCCUAAAUACUUCAGCUCCGUUUGUAGUUUUGCGCGCUUUCAAAUCCCAUCGGGGUCUCAGUCAAUAUGCGCGUUUGGGUCUGAGAAGAACUCUGUAAUAACAAUCUGUGCUGACGGCAGCUACUACAAGUUCCUCUUUGCAGCGAAGGGAGAAUGCACUCGCGACGUCUUUGCACAGUUCUUGAAAAUGACAGACGGAGACUAGUGUCACCCGGCGACAACAGCAGAGAGAGAGAGAGACAGUGUGUGUGUGUGUGUAUGUGUGUGUGUGUACGUGUGUGUGUAAGUGUGUGUGUACGUGUGUAUGUGUGCAUUAUCAGAGACUAAAUAAAGCCCGUGCAGUGACCCACGGCUCGCAACCGAUGGAGCAGGGACUGCGGAUGCAUUUCACCUUCCACACACCGAGUGGCGUGUGUUUGUAGCGGGUAUGGUUCUCACAAACGCUAUCCCAUUGAUAGUGUCUCCGCCGCACCCUCUGACAUUAUAACUCAUAACCUGUAUCAUCAUGAUAGUAGUUGCUGUCCCCCACUCCUUAUGUCAUCCGAAUCAUAGCUAAUUGGCCACACGUCCGAGGCAAUAUAUGGCGUGUUGUCGUAUCACCACGUCCUGAUCGCGCGCCGCACACUCGCCGAAGCGCCGUCCUGGUCGAGCAAUGGCUAUGCAUCAAGGACUGCGACGCUGCGAGGGCCGUGCGCACGCGCGCGUGUGGUUGAUAGCGCGUCUCCUUUCAUUCUUUUUCUUCAUAAAAUCACGAGCGGAGGCGGCCCAACGCGGCACGCUCCGCUCCUGUGCCGUCUAUUUACUUGAUUGCCCGCCUCUGAAUUCUUUUUAUUUUGAAUAUUUUCCUGCCUGCCGCGCUCUCUGUCUAGUUCAUGCCCGGCUAGCUAACGACGUUGUGCCGCCGGUGAUGUCCGUGCAUGCUAACGACGUUGUGCCGCCGGUGAUGUCCGUGCAGGCUAUCUGAGGCCUUCCUCCUUCUCCUCUGCUACCGCCUCCGAGGAGGAGGAGGGGAGGUUUUUAACCCUUACUGUUCUCAUUAUCAUUACCUACUCGUCUCUAGACAUGGCUGUGCCAUAGCUGACUUCUCCCCGGUCCCCUCGGUUGCCGCGGCGACCCCGUAUUUGUUACUGGCUGUUGCCGUGCUACUUGCCUCCUACCCGCUACUGUACAAAGCGCAUACCCCCCCCCCCCCCCCUUCCUCUCUCCCUCCCUGCGAUCUGUGGCCAGGACUCUCUUCUUGUUGCUGCUUGCUUGCAUGCCCUUGCUUUUCUCGGUUAUGUUUCUUUUCUCACGCCGCCUUGCACUGUUACCUGUGCAAGUAACGUUGUUUGAUUUGACUUCUCUUCUUCAAUACAAGUAGUUCAAGGUGCUGCUGUUCAUGUAAAUACCGCA